UUACGACCAACUUAUGGGACGUCAGGCCUCAAGGCCAGGUCGUAAGUAACAUAGUAGGCCAUGCCGCCUUCUGACUUCCGGUCCGAGGCAGUUAAAUGAUAUCGAUACAAGCUCGUCAGUCAGUAUCACAAUACUUUGAGAGGUCGUCCACAGGAUUCCAGAAGAGGACAUUUCACGAUGGACAGCGUGAGGAAAAAUCUGGUUGCAGCUUUUGGAAGCUCAAUCAGCACAUUGUCACGAGCUCUGUCAGAAGAAGAUAUUGAAGGUUCCGGAAGUUCUUAUCGAAUUGUCUUGCCAUGGCUUGUACUGCUUGCGACAAUUUUCACUCUUGCUCUUAGCUCAGGAUGGAUCCGCAAACUUGCGGUAGCAGUGCUCGACAUAGGGGCGAAACGGAGGGAGAAGUCAAAAGAAGUUCCUCCAGGUAGUCUGGGCCUGCCGAUGGUUGGAGAUUCUUUGAGGUAUGUGAACGCAUAUUACAACAUGACCAUCAAGAGCUACGUGGACGAAAAAAUUCGCAAGUAUGGGCCGGUUUUCAAAGUGUCGUUGAUGGGUAAACCCAUGGUUUUCUUAGAUGCACCAGCUGGCACCAAGUUCCUGUUGAGCUAUAACGACGUGAAGUGGUCGAAAGGGUGGUGGCCGAAGCAUGUUGCACGGUUAAUGGGGAAGAAUGCUCUAAGUGCGCAAUAUGGCGAUGAGCACCUUGUGCACAGAAAUCUUGUGAUGAAGAAUUUUCUAGGCAUUGAUGUCGUGCACCAGUACAUCUCGACGAUGGAGAAGAAAGUGGUGGAACAUAUCGAUAAGUAUUGGUUGGCGCUCGAAGAUGGAUCCGAAGUGAAAGCAUUCAAGCUCUUGAACGUGUUUUCGUUCUCACUUAUCACGCAGCUGAUACUGGGAAUUUCCAAUGAGAAGGACAUUAUAGAAUUCAAUGAAGUUUUCCACGAAAUGUCUGCAGGUCUUAUGGGCCUUCCGGUGAAUCUACCAGGAUUUCAAUUCCGGCGCUCUCUCAGAGCGAAGAAGCUAAUCGAUCAGAUGCUGACCGUUCACAUCGAGAAGAGGAGACAGGAUCUGAAAGCUGGACGGGCUUCACCCACCCAAGAUCUCCUAUCGGUGUUGCUUUCUACGCCUAACAGUGAAGGCCAUUUCUUGACCAACGUCGAGCUCUGUGACAGCUUGCUGCAGCUGACCUUCGGAGGCCACGACACCACCGCAGCCAUGCUCACUCUCUCCCUCCGACUUAUCAAAGAGGAUCCUGCUGUCUACGAGGAGCUCAAACAAGAACAUGCAACUAUUGCUGCCAGCAAAAAACCUGGUGAGCUUUUAACGAAAGAAGAUCUGUGGGGCAUGAAAUAUACGUGGAGGGUUAUGCAAGAGGUCAUGCGGCUCUAUCCGGCCAUGCUGGUGAUAUUUCGCGAAGCCAGGAUAACCUUCGAGCACCACGGUUACACUAUUCCCCAAGGAUGGAAGCUGUGUAUCACAAGUGCGAAUUCCAGUUGGGAUCCCAAGUUCUGCGAGGAUCCAGAAAAAUUCAGACCGUCCAGAUUUGACGAAGACAAGGAAAAGAUGCCACCAUGGAUCCACUUUCCGUUCGGAGCAGGUCAUCGCAUGUGUCCAGGAAAGGAUUUUGCCAAAGUCGAGCUGCUUAUAUUUUUGCACCAUUUUCUCCGGAAGAUUGAUUGGACGGUGCUUGUUCCAAAUGAAAAAGUUGAGUACAAAAUGCUGCCGAAUCCUGUUAAUGCAACCCCGAUCAAGAUAACUAAAAUCAGAAUCCACUAGAGAUCCCCUGCGUGCGUGAAUGACGAAGCAGAGAAAUCCUUUUUCUGUCAUGGAUGAUCUCUGUCAACCCUGCUAUUGUAUUGUCUAUAUUUACAGGACCUAGAAUAAAUCAACUUUGUUGAGUGGGGGAUUGACACUUCUUGGUUGCAAACUCAAGCUGGUCACGAUUUCUUCCGUCAGAAUUGUAAUUUGUGACUUGUCGUGAAGAUGAUGCAUUCACAUAUCGUUAGAUUGCGCCUCUGCAAGCUGCGAUCUGUCCACAUUCACUGUUUUUAGUCAACCAUCGCAAUUUAGACCUUCCGUCAUUGCU